UAUCCGGUGUGUCAAACGGAAUGAAACAAAAACGGUUUUAGAUAUACUAUGUAGAAAACUGCCGAUUAGGUUUAAAUAGCUGCCGAGGUGCAUUAAUCCUGUUCUGUAUUAUGCUAUUUUUAAAUGAUGGAUAAAUUUGUUGUUCGUGUACCAAAGGAGAGCGUGAAGCAGGAACCAAGACAAGAGAGGAGUUACAAACAAGCAACAUUAGAGUCCCUGCGGAGAGUGGUAGUAAUUGAAGAUAUCGAAAGAUACAAAUCAAUCCUUGAACUCCCUGGCCAACCUAAAGAGAACAUAUUAGAAGCCUUGAGAGAACUAGACAAGAAAGUGCCUUCCAAAGAAGUGCUCAAGACUACCAAAAUUGGAUAUACGGUAAACAAUCUACGUAAAUACUCUGAAGAUGCUGAGAUCAAAUCACUUGCUGGGGCAGUGUACACACAUUGGAGGACCUUCAUUGAAGAGCAUGCAAACAAACCCUCGAUAGAAGUUCGCUGUGACAAACAGACUGAAGGUUUAAGGAGUAAUGCCAGAAAACUCCUUUCUGAAGCCAUUGAGUUAAAGGUUGAGCAUGGGCUUGUGGAGAACAUUGAAAGGGAGGUUUUUCACCAAAGCUCUCGGCUUGUUAAUGGUCCAUACAGAAGAACUGUCAGGGCUCUUGUCUUUGCUCUAAAACACAAGCCUGAAUUGAGAGCACAAGUGAAAGAAGGAAAACUACCAGUGAAUAAAUUUGUAAGCAGUCACAAGAAGAAACCGUAAGGAACUGGACUAUUCUGAUUUGGGACAACUACAAAUAGGUUUUAGAAAACUUUUUUUAUUGCUCAUGUUUUUUAAACAUACGACAAUGUAAUUUACUCAAUAACUUUACUUGACAUCUUGUUUUAAAUAUAACAUUUUUUAUCAGUUGUCAUCAUGUUUCUAUUGAUACCUACACAUACAAAACGGUAUAAAAAUUAGAGCUACAUCCGUUAUAUAUCUAAAGAAUGGCACACCUAUAGGAGCACUAACCACACAACAGCAAUUAACAUGAGGAUGACAGCAAGAACACAGAUGCUGAUGAAAAUGAUGUCACUGGUCUCAUGGGGUUCACCUCCUUCAUCCUCAUUCUUGGUGUUUGCUUCCUUGGCCAGACGGGCCAGUUCGUUGAG